GAGGGCGGUUGUCAUUAUCAAGAUGGCAGCGCCCUUGCAGUUUAUUUUUCCUUCUUGCAAACUGAACUCUGAAUCGUUUGGAGAUGGAAUAAGAAGGAAACAUCACGGCAUCACUCGCCAAAAGUUCCUAGAAAAACACCAGAAGUGUAUUGUAUCUGGAGAGCAUGGCAGUGGGAAGACUGCACUCCUAUUUCAGUGUGCAGUCUCACUGGCCCAGAGAGGGUGUCAUGUGACGUUCAUCACGCCAACAAAGUUUCAGUCUCUACCACCAGCAGUAGAGGGGGCUAUAACUCCUGAUCCACUCCUGAUGAAACAAAUCAAUAUCAUGUACUUUCAAGACAGACCAACUCUGAUCCAGUAUCUCAGUAAACUCCACACUACGAAACCGCUCCCUCAUGCAAUCAUCAUAGAUAACAUAGACUACUAUGCUACACACCCCCAGACUUCAGAAUUAGCAUCUGUUGUAUCCGUGAUGUGUGCCUAUUUGGUUGACGCAGUGACGUACAUUGCAAACAAGAGGUCUGAUUCCGAUGAUGAUGGUGAUGCAGAUGAUUGUUUUCUCCUAGCAUCCAUCAGCUGUUCUUCCCAGGGGGAUUAUCAGGUCCCUCAUGUAUACCGCCAUUUCCUCACCAGUGAACUCCACAUCACAAGCAUGAAUGGCUGCACAAGUACAUGUAAGCAUGAGGACAAGGCCGGCCAAGUUGAUAUGAAAAAUAAAAAAAGAAAAAAAUUCAAACAAGCAUGACGCUGAGAAUUUGUCAAAGUGUGAUAAGUAUUAUGAGAGUUGUGACAUUUUAAAGUUUUGCUUAGUUUUUGAAAAAAGUUAUGUUCUUUGUGUGUUUCAUAUGGCGGAUUUGAUAUCACCAACUAAAUUUCUCUAGAAUUUCAAAUUUUCAAAUUUUGAUGGUUUCAAUGUUGAAGUUAAGCCCUCUGAAGAAUCACAUUAAAUCAUAUUUAAUAAAAGAUUUGAUUAUGCUUGAUAGGAGUCAAGCCAAGUUUUACAUCACUUUAUGAAGAAAAUAAAUGAAUUGAAGUAAAUUUCAGGCGAUAAAAUACUAGUACUAAAGAAAGUAUUUCAUAAAUAUUCAUGUUAAAUAAGCCACCUCCUUUGGAUAGUUUUUACCUAGUUGUAAUAAUACUUUUAGACAGUUUGAAAUAUAAGAAAAAUAAAAAGAAUUAGCAUGCUAGUAAUUUAGCAUUUGCACGAGUGUGAUAGUGCCGAGAACUGACAAUGUCAUGAUAUAACAGAUAAAACUUUUAGAAGUUUCAAAUGAUUAUUUAAAUUAAUUGGUAAUCCGUCCCCCCAAAAGGGAUGACCAUGUAUCGAUGUUUUGUGAAUCUAAGCAAAAUUGUUCAUGCUUAUGAAUAUUUCUCUAUUCAUUUAAGCCAUUGGUGUGGAGGCCUUUACUACUGACAAUGACAUGAUUCUUUUGAGGUUGAUUUACGGAGCACUCUUUAUCAAAUAUUCUAAAAUGUCUGUCACUUUUCACUGAAGAUUUUUCUGUCAGCUGUGGGAAUGGAGUGUGAAAUAAUGAAAGGAACAUUGGGAGAGAUAUCAAGUCAAGCUAGACAUGUCCUUGUCAAUGUUAUUCAUAAUUUAUUCAUCCUGAUUCAUUCAUCACCCCCAGGGGGGCCAGACAAAUGUAUUGCUGUACACAAGCGUGACCAAAUUAUUUUCAAACACCCCCUAAACGAGUUUCCUAUAUGUGCAAAAUAAUCCCCUAAACAAGAUUUUCGCAGGCUUUAUUUACACAUUUUGGCCCCUAAGUUGUCGCCAGAAUAUAUCCCCGGGCCCGGGGAAAACUCUUUGGGGGAAAAAACAUACCCUACAGUCCUACACACAUUUGGCUAGUCUUAAAAAAAAAAGCUUUGGAAAAAAAAAUACCAUAAAUAUGUUUGACCCCGCGAUUUUAAAACCAAAUAAUCCCUAACCCUUUGCUUUACAUUAUGCUGAACCCAAAACUCUGUUUACAAUCCUAACUCGAACCCCAUAGAUCUUAAAACCAGACCCGGGGGGUCCACUUCCAUUCACGAGUGGAUACCAUGCGCGACCAAGGGGUCUCGAAAAGCACCUUAAACA